CGCGUCUCAACUCCGCGAAGCCCUCCUCCAUCAGUCUCACAGUUCCCACAAAGUCCGGCAGCCGACUGUCGUGCUGGGCUGCUCGACGACCUCAUCCAACUCGAAUCCCCGUUACUCCUCAUCUCAACCGUUAAUAAUUUCAUCCUCCGAGGCUGUACCACCUGAAUUAUUCCUUUUCCGUCCGUGCUAUGUGACUCGACGACCUUUGUCUCUUUUGUCUAUGCUUAAUUUACAAUUCUAAAAACCCCGAACCCUGAUCAAUUGGCCCCUUUACACAUCCACCAUGCCUAGUUUACGGACGAGACGAAGCCUACCGUCGGCGCCCGCAAAGAAAGAAUUAGAAGAGGAAGAAGACGUUAAUGCCCCACCUCGUGGAACCAGCGAUGAGGAAGGCUUCUCCGAUUCCGAAGAUGAGCAGAGCGAUGGACUGGAAAUGCCUACACCUCGCAAAUCACGAACCUCGCGGAAUGGACAAACAGAAAAGACACUCGAGCAGAAGCUCGCUGAGAAUAAUGACGGGCGGGGCUUCACCACCAAGUCACCAGGUUCAAGUCGCAAACGGAAGGCAGCGGGUAUGCUUGGAUCCGAUGAUAUGGCAGCACAGGACCCCUUUGAUACGUGGUCGUCGCAACGCAGCAAACGCCCAAGUCUAGGCUAUGGCUCAAGGUUUCGCAAAACACCUAGUUCCAGCAUGGCCGAGUCGCAUGCCCCCUCGAGUGCGCCGCCGCCGAAGUCGUCUGUAACUUCGUUUUCUACACAAGCAGAUAGUCCCGAGGAGGAGGAGAAAGAGGAGGAAGACAGUGGAUUCAGGGUUCCACGUAAUCCGGAGAUAGAGCCCCCACCUUCAAGUCUCGAGAUACCCGAGUCCGAUGAUGAGAUGAGCGAUCUAAGUUCUGCGAAGAGCUAUAACUCCGAUGGCUUUCCUAUCUCGGACGAGGAUGAUUCCAAGAAUGCCGAAGCGGUCGAAUACCUGUGUCCGAUGUGCAAGGAGCCGGUGGAGCCGGAGCUGUUAAUCAAGUUUCGAGCUCAACCAAGACAGCGCAUCAGGGAUCAGUAUGUCUUCUGCGAGUCUCAUAAGAAGCCUGCUAUGGAAAAGGAGUGGGAAGAGAAAGGCUACCCAACAAUUGACUGGGAAAAGUUUGACGAACGUAUUGAAGCUCAUUUUGAUGAGCUGGAGAAACUAAUGGUCCCGGAGAGCUCAUCGUAUUACCGAAACGUUCUUGACACUACAAUGAAAUCAGGGCAAGCAAAGAACUUCCGCCUUACUCUCGCUGGCGACGCCCUGGAAACGAUAUCAUGCGGGUACUACGGGACUCGGGGUUCCGGGAGGAUGUUACAAGCAAUUACAACGCGCUUCGCCAGAAAGCUCCGCCGCCUAGCAACUGAAGACAACAUCGUCAAGCAGGCAGGCGUGGUCCCAUACUCACAAGCUGUCCUAGUCCCCGAGCUUGCCGCUAGGUUAAUAAAGGAGGACAUGGAUGUUGACGACGAUUCCGCGCGACAGAUAAUGCGAGAGAGCGUUGAUAUUGGGGAGAAGCUAAAUCCCGCUCCAAAUGAUACUGUGCCGGUCACAGAGGAGACAGCUGGAAUCGACGACGGGGUUCCCAACUAGCUGGAUAGUACUAUACACAUGGAAUGCAUGCUUUAUACGGCGUCCUUUCUUGCAUUUUCUUCCGUUCGUUUCCCUUUGGCGGUUUUCCUAGAUACCUAGUCCUUUUUAUAUGUCGUGCUAUAUACAUUAUUUAUUUUGUUCCUGAUAUUAUCUGCGAUUGUCUGUAUAUAGGGAAUGCGCAGUAUUAACAGCCGACACUCGUCUCUAAUUCUCAGAAAUAGGAAGCUUAUUCUUGAGUUUCCAUAUCGUCCAGUCCAACCUGAAGACGCUCCCGGGUAUGCACCUCAUUUCGUGGGGCGUUGCGCACACGGAAGAAUACUGGUGAUGACUGAAUGCAUACUUUUAUAGUAAUUAG